CACUUGAGGUUCUUUCUGCAUCAUGAGUACUAAGGAACUGGAUUAUUUUAUACCUAAAAGCCACUAGAGUCAUGUCAAACUCAGAUUUAAACAUGUCCUGCAGUAACGUGUUGACAUUCAUCACUGUGAUCAAUAAUUGUUUAUUUAGUACCAUAAUAGCUUUGCAUGCAACCUCAUAGGCAUUGCAUGUGUAUGAAAACUUCUGGUUCGGGUGAAUUAUAUUUCCGAUGCCAAAGGCCAGUUUGCCUUGUUGCCACAAUCAAGAAAGUAUAUCAAAAAGUGUAUAUUUAUGGCUGUUGUAAUUUAGUUCGGACUUAGUGUUUUUUGUGCCAUUGUUUAUUAUGCUUUCUUUCCCUGAUCAAGAAAAUAUAUACAGGAUGAUCCAGGAGGAAAGAAAAACAUUUUAACAGGUCGGCUCUGGUCACAAAUGUUAUAUGAGGCAACUAUAUUAAUUUUUCAAGAAGACCACCAGAGCUGUGAAGGGGUAGAUAAUUCAUCCAUGCACACCACCAAUGGAAGUUGGGUGAAUUAAAAGAAAUCAGUAUUGUGUCACCUCAAUACAUUGAAGAAGUAUCUACAAUGGAACUACACCAAAGCGAUCUGAAAUUUACAUGGGUGGAUUACACAGUGGUGUCAGCCAUGUUACUUCUGUCCACUUUGGUUGGCGUCUACUACACCUUCUUCAACAGACAGAACACCUUUGAAGACUACAUGCUGGGCGGCAAGACCAUGGGAGUCUUCCCAGUGUCAAUGUCUCUUGUGGCCAGUUUUAUUUCGGGAAUCACUCUGUUGGGCCUGCCUACUGAGAUAUACCUCUAUGGCACCCAAUACUCAGUCAUCAACUUUUCUGUUCUUGGGGUGCUCAUCCUAUGUAUCACCUUCUACCUUCCGGUUUUUUACAAGCUUCAACUCAAUUCUGUAUUUGAGUAUCUGGAGUUACGAUUUGAUCACAGAGUCAGAAUCUUGGGAAUUUCAAUGUAUUCAUUCUGUUUGAUAAUCUAUUUGCCAGCAGUGUUAUACGUUCCCUCUCUCGCCUUUAGUCAAGUUACAGGUGUACCAGUCUAUGUCGUAACCCCAAUAAUCAGCACGAUAUGUAUUUUCUACACUACCUUUGGUGGACUGAAAGCAGUCUUGUGGACAGACACUUUACAGAAUGUCUUCACUCUUGCGGCAAUGAUCUUCGUGCUGAUGACAGGAUGUAUGAGGCUAGGAGGGAUCAGGGAGGUCUGGAAUAUCAACAAAGAAGGUCACAGGCUGGAGCUUUUCAAUAUGGACCCAGAUCCUUUCGCACGCAAUACUUUUUGGACAACUUUUUUUGGGUAUCUAUUCAUGCACCUUACCAACUUGGCAGUAAACCCGGCAGCGAUUCAGAGGUACCUGUCCGUGCCCACUCUUAGACAGGCUAGAUGGACAGUAUUUUACACAGGCGUUGGUUUCUACAUCAUCAUGAACCUGACUACAUUUCUAGGUUUAGUCUUGUACGCAAGAUACCAUGGAUGUGAUCCUGUAGCAGCAGGCGUAAUCAAAACCCACAGUCAGCUGGUACUAAUGUAUGUGACAGAGAUAGGAAAGAGCUAUCCUGGGCUGGCAGGACUUUUCCUGUCGGGAGUUCUAAGUGCAGCACUCAGUUCAGUAUCUUCUUGGCUCAACUCUGUGGGAGGAUCAAUGUACAAGGACUUCAUGGAAGUUUUCUACCCAAAUGUGCAUCAUUCAGAAGCCAAGCAGUCUAGAAUCAUAAAAGCCAUAAUUUUGAUUUUGGGCAUUACUUCUGUCCUUCUGGUCUUCGUGGUUGAAAGACUUGGACAAAUUUUACAACUCUCAGUGACCAUCAUGGGAGUUGAGUACGGACCUAUGAUUUCUCUCUUCACCCUCGGAAUAUUCUUCCCACGAGUCAACACUAAGGGAGCCAUUGCAGGAGCGAUUGUAAGUUUAAUCACAUCUUGUUGGAUCAUAUUCAGUGCUCAAUAUUACAUAAUGAUCGGCAAACUACAGUUUCCAGGGAAGAUAACCAGUUUAGAUCAAUGCUCAGAUAGUAAUGACAAACAUUUCAAAUCAAAUGUUUCUCUGCUGUUCAAUUACACAGGGGUUGGUUCCCCAGUGGUGGCUGACAACUCUGUGUUGCAGAUCUAUCAACUGUCAUACAACUACUACAUCGUGGUUGGCACCUUGAUCGGGAUUGUUGUGGGAUUAGGAGUGUCUAUGUGUACUAAGCCUCCAGACUCCGCCAAACUCAACCCUGACCUCUUCUCCACUUAUGUGCACAUGUUUCUGCCCAGGAAGCACCAACAGUUACAACUCCAUAGGGGAGAGUACAUGUUAACUCCUACAAGUUGAUGGAUUGCAAAAAAGACAUGGGGCUGGGUAGUAUAAAGUAAAUAAUAGAGAGGUGUUUUAUACUAUUUAAGUACAAUUUUGUAACUUGAGAUAAAAACAAAUUACUUAGUAGAGUAAACAUAACCCCCAAACAAGUUUUAGCUUUUAAUAUCAAUGUACCUGUUAUAACUUAAAUGUUUCAUAAGAUUAUAAUACAAUUUAGUCUUAUUCCAAGUAUUUUACUAUGAAUAAAUAAUAAAAUUUAAGACCCAAACAUUAAGUGUAUAGUUUAAUUAUUGAAAACUGCUGAGGCAAAUAAAUAACCCAAGUUAUAAUAUUGCUCUGCCUAAUCGCACAUGCGAUCUAGUGAAGAAUCGUGGAAACAUUUACAAGUAUUGUUGGCUGUGCCUAAUAGAGAGCAAGGACUUGUUUCUCCGCUUCCCAUUAGUAAAACAAUUCAGCUAAUUCAACUUUAUCAUGGUUUGUAUUUUUUUUACUACAUUAGUGUUAUUAGUAAACUCUUUUUUAUGUAGUUAAUAGGACACAAUAUUUAUGAUUGCAAGUGAUAAUUGAUGAAUAAACAUUGAGAGAUUAGCGAUAUACACAAGAAAAUGUUUUAAAUGGAUUUUUUGCUGAGAUUUCAUGUAUGAAUAAAGUGACUUUUGUGAUGACGUUUUUGAUGAGAACAAAUUGAAUGUGGCUCUGAGACACUACAUGGAUGUGCCAUAAGCCUUGCUCUGAGCCUUUUUUUAUAACACCUUUAACUUCUAAAGGCACAUACAUUUUGUACACUUCACUGAACAAGCUAUUACCAUGCCUUAAUUAAUAUGUACACAAAGAUUAAGUAUUAUUUUUAUAUUAUAUUUUGUAUUAUUAUAUAUGUUUUAAGUUUUUGUAACAAUUAAAAUACAAUUGAUUUUUUAUUUUUUUUUCCUUUCCAAAAUAUUAUAUUAUAUUUGUUUUAGCAAAUUUAAUUUUUUUAACUCAGUUUUCGUGGCUCAAUUAUUGUGAAACCCCACCCUUUAAAGGUUUAAUUACUCACAGGGUGUAAUAACUCAAUAUUUGUGAAUAUAAAUUAAAUUAUUAAUUUUUAUACUGUAUGUCUUUUGGAAUCACUACAUUCAUACAAGUUUGCAGAUUAAAAUUGUGCGUUUAGAUGACGCAAUGCAUUAAAUUGCAAAAGAAAAAUGUUUUGAACUCGGCUCCACUAUUGAAAUGGGGUUUGAUAGUUAUUCCACAUAUAUACAUGCCGACCCCCAGAUGUUCUUUGCUUUAUUAGUGCUCAAUGUGUUAGCUGUAUUACUGCACUUUCUCUCAAUCAUGUUAUACCUUUUGUAACAUAAAACCAUAAUGAAUGUCUGAAAUCCUGUUAUCCUUUCAAACCUUCCUUCGUUAAUAACAAACUUUAAACAAAGAAAGUGGACGAGUUACCCUGAACCAGAUAGUAAUGAGAGUUGAGGUAGUCAUGAACCAAAGAGGAGGUUGAGCAUAACCAAAGACUGUAAGCCAAAGGGAGUAAAAUAGGAGUUGGUAGCAAAAGCUUAAAACACAGCACAAGAACUUAAGCAAGAACCUAGUAAUAUGCUAAAAUAAUCCAUCAUUUAUAGAUUAAACUAGGAGACAUGGAGCAUAGGGGUGCUUGGAUUAAAAAGUUAUUUUUUCCUACACAGUAAUUCCACCAUAAUGCUGUAUAAAUAUAUAUUUUAUAUACAAAUACUGGAUUUGUUGUAAUUUUUGUUGUUGAUAAGUUUCAAAAUCCAAUCUAUUACACUGAUAAAGCAUGAAUUUCUAAUAAGACAAAAGAAAAAUAUUAUAAACAUCAUACUUAUUAAAGACGAGUUGAACUAAAUGGAAUUUGGAACUUUUCUGACCAUCAUACUUAUUUAACAAUUUUUUAAUGUCACCAAUAAGUAAGGAGUUCACAGGAUAGGAAUGUAAAAAAAAUAUGUUUUCUUAGUAUGUUGAAUGCCCAACACAGUUUUAAAAAUAAAAAUGUUUUUAUAGAAA